GGCCCCGACCACGGCCCACCCGGGCCCCGACAUGAUGCUCUUCUCCCGGAAGAAGAAGCAGAAGGAUGAGGCGCGGAAACGCCUGGAAUAUCAGAUGUGCCUGGCCCGUGAAGCUGGUGCAGAUGACAUCCUGGACAUCUCAAAGUGUGAACUGCCUGAGAUACCAGUCGGUGUAUUUUCCAUGUGCAGAGUCUUGCAGAAGAAGGUUUUAAUCGUUCACUCCAAUCACUUGACAACACUACAGCCCAGGUCGUGUAACAUCCAGGACCUGUCGAUGCUGAAGAUUCUGGAUCUCCAUGACAACCAGCUCUCCUCACUGCCUGAGGACAUGGGGCAGCUCUCAUCCCUUCAGGUGCUCAACGUGGAGCAGAAUGACUUGAAAUCUGUCCCUAGCUCGCUAACGACGUUGGCCCAGCUCCAGACGUUAAAUCUAAAAGGGAACCGGAUCCGGAAGCUGCCCGAGUCUCUGAGCGGAUUGAAGAGCCUGCGCACACUCGACAUUAGUCGGAAUCAAAUCCGACAUCUGCCUCAAGACCUGGCCAACAUCAGGACACUGGAGUCCCUCAGUCUAGAUGCAGAGGACAUGACCUACCCUCCACCCAAUGUGUGCAGCAAUGGAACAGAAGCCAUCAAACAGUUCCUGUGCAAAGAGCUGGGGAUGGAGUACGUUCCUCCGUCGCAGUGCCUGCUCCCUGUGCUGGAGAGUGACGGACAGGCGGCGAGCAGUGACAACGUCGAGGGCAACUUCCAACAACGGGUGCUGGAGGCAGAGAAGUGGCAGAACAAGUUCAUGGACUAUGAAAAGAGGAAGGAACAGAAGCAGCAGGAGAAGCUGGAGUUUGAGAGGAGGCUUGGCGAGGAGCAGCGGGAAAGGACACAGCUAAUAUUGCAGGACAGCAGCCACAAGGAGCAGGUCCUGCAGGCUGUCAAACAGGAACAAGGGAAACUGGACCAGGGUCUCCGAGACCAACAGCGCUACAUGGAUGACGAGCAUCAGAGACUGCUGGUGGAGCUGAAACGAGGAGAGGAUGGAGCCAUGAGCCUUAUCCAUAACCUGCUGGUGGACAGUGAGAGAGUUGUUCCUGGAGACGGAUUUGAACUAGUUAAGUACAGAAGAAAGCAGAACUCAAUGCUGAUAGAAUCACUGGAAAAGGAGAGGGUAAGAAUGGAACAGUUGAUGACAGUAACACAGGAGGAGAACGAGAGACUGAGAAAGAAGGAGGUGGCAGCUGCUAUGCAGGAGAUGCUGUCUGAAAGUUCCACGAACAAACUCCUGCACAUGAUCUACGAGACAAGGCGUCAGCAGUUGGUGGAUGAAGCCAGCACCAGCAUGGUGGAAAUGGAUGGGAAACUUCAGCAAAUUCAGAUCUUGCAACAAAUGGAUCAUAACAAGACCAUUGGGCAAAUCCUGAGUGAGGGUGAGAUGCAGAAGAUUGCAUUUGAAGCACUGCAGGUGAAGAAGCAGGACAGAAGGCACACGCGCAUUAGAGACCAGAUCAAAUUGAUUGAGAAUGAGUUAAUGCAGCUGACACAGAUCGAGUUAGACAGAAGAGAGAAUGUCUUGGAGAACCUUCAGGAGUCGCUGGCGAGUGAGCGGCUGGCACUCGGUGACCUGCUGCAGCAACUGCUGAAGGAGAAGAAUCUGCGGGAGAAAGAGCUCCAGGACCUGCUGGUGGAAAUGCAGAAGAAACACGAGACCAGUCAGGAGAAUUACUGGCUGAUUCAGUACCAGCGGCUGAUGGACAAGAAGCCCCUGUCUCUCCGGGCACAGGAGGAGGGUGUGGAGAAAGGGCUGGUGGACCUGCUGACCGCACUGUCAGCUGACCAGUACCUGCCGCUCUUUGCCCAACAGCGAAUCACUCUGAAGAUGCUGCGGUACAUGACGAUGGAGGAUCUGGAGAAGAUUGGGGUGAAGGAGAGCAGGCUGCAGCGUGCUAUCGUGGGCCGUGUAGAGGAGCUUCUGCCUGAAGGAGACUGGAGAUUGCCGGCUGUACCAGCGAAGGAGGUUGCAGAUUGGGACAAGCGUGAGCCCAGUGCACCUGUGGAGGAUGAGAAUGAGGCCGGGCCCUCUGCUCCACCACAGCCCAGUGCUCCCGUCACUGAAGAGGUGGUGGCUCAGGCAGAGUGUGUGGUCUGUAUGGAGCGAGAGAGCCAGAUGAUCUUCCUGACCUGUGGCCACGUUUGCUGUUGUUACACCUGUGGGAUGGAGCUGCACACCUGCCCUCUCUGCCGCAGGGAUAUCCAGCAGAAGAUACGCAUAUAUCGCACAUCCUGACGAGUUCUGCUCCUCUUCAAUAUCCGCCUGCAAGUUCCUGCAUCCCAACCUGUGAGUGCCUUGCACCUCCUCUCUACCCCCACCACAAAUAUACGUUUACUCUCGGUGAAACAGUGGCUUGUUCUCCACUCUGCUGCCUGGAGAUCUUCCUGGACAGAUGCCGACAGCAGCUCCAGGCUGAGCUGUGUCGGCCGUGACGUUAGUUGGCCUCCCACAGUAAUCUGCUUCUUCACACAAGCGGAGACGUGGAAGGGAGAAGGAAUCCUCUUUGGCUGGUGCUGAACGUUGAUGAAUCUCCUUGGAAACAAAGCUGGCUGCUGGACAAUGGAUGUGCAGCAAAUCCUCCCUCGUCUCCUGUGGCCGUCAACAUCACAGCAGGUCUGGAGCGUUACAUCCACACUGAUACCUGGCAAGGUUAGGCUAAAUUGUUCGCCUAACCUGACCCAUACUCUACAGCGCUUGUGGGCACCAUCACCCAGUGUGUUUAACAGGAGCUCUGCGUGUGGGGGGGGGGGGGGGGGGGGGGGGGGGGGGGGGGAGUCAGACUGGGGCUAAAUGAUUCCAACGUGUAGGUUUAAGACAGUAAAUUACGUCAAUUAUUUUUUGUAAUCUAUUAAUUUAGUGAAAUGUUGUUGUGCAAUAAGUGUAAUGCUAGCCUUGAUCUGUUGUUUCUAGUGCAUCAUUGUUCAACGUGCCAACAAGCAAGUUUCAUCUCAUGCUGCUCAAAGGUUUCCUCAUUGUGUACCCCUGAAUCAUGCAGGGGACAGUGUGUCUCCACCCUGGACUGCCCUGCCCCAGGAGUAGGGAUAGAUGGAGGGGCAGCUGAAGCUGAUAGGACAGUGGAAGCAGCAAGUCACAUCCCACCUGCGGUGCCCCCCCCCCCCCCCCCCCCCCCCCCAGAACCCAGUUCCCAUUGCUGCAGCUCUAUGAAAAGGUAGUUGGCCAGCCUGGUUUAAUAGCAGAGUGUAGCUUUGGUUACUUAUUCAUGAACAUCCUCCAUGCUUGGUGUUGUAACUUCACUGGAAUAAUUGUCUCCAUUAUGUAACGGUCAGCAUUGCUUGUUCCAUGCUCCAGUCAUUUCCCCACCAAGUCCAACUCUGCUCCCAGACUCACCUCCCAUCCACAAUGUCCUUCCUGCUCCCACCCUCUGUCUCGAGCUUUCGACGGGUUCUACAACCCAUUGCUGCUACUGUCCGACUUACUUUUAUACUUGCAUGUUACAUAAAACCAGAUACAAGAUGAAUGUAAAGCAUGUUUUUAAAUUAGAGGUUUAAUUUAUUAUGUCUUAUGCAGAACAUUUGCACUUGUGUGGCUGUGCACUAGAGGUUCCGAUCCUGCAAUUAUACACGUUGAGUGAUCUUUGUGGAAAUUGUCCCAUUAAAGGUCACUUUUCCCUUA